AUGGCUUCUUUCUUCCCACACCCCGUCUACGCCGAGGACCAACCCUAUGCGCGAACCAUCCUUUACCUACACGUCAUGCGCGCCUCAGCCAUGUCAUUUUCGUUUUUCUCGCUGGCCCAAUUCCCCGCCUCUCUCGUCGCAGCGCGCUAUCACAAGGCGCCAAUCGACUACAACACAAUACUGGCACAUACACUGAAGACAAGCAGUCGCGGUCUUGUCAUUGGAAUAAUAGCUGGUGCGGUUGUGACAUGGGGGCGCAUGAGGGGUCGGAAAGAGAUUGAAUGGAAGGACAGAUCUUGGAGCAUCUUGGAAAACAACGGCGAGGUAAAAACAGAUUGGGUAGCACUAGGUGCUGCAAGCGGAGGUGCGGUAGCUGCUUUGCUAGCUGCGCGAAGUGGGAAGAUCAAUAUGACUGCUGACAGAGCAGUCCUAGGCGGAACAGGCGCUGGAAUGGCGGCUGGAGUGCCGUAUAUGAUUGCGUCGUUUGCAAUGGGAAGAAAGUCCGCUUGA